AUGCAGGUCGUGUGCGACUUUGCGCACCUGAAGAUGCUGCACGGGACGGUGUCCAUUGGGAAGAUCAUCUACACAAAUCUGAAGCAGCUAGCGAAAAACCAAAACUACCGCUUCGAUGAAGAAAUAGAAAAUUUCUCCAAAAUGAGAGAAAAAAUAAUAACGGUGCAAAAUAAAGGGGUUAACGCAAAUUUGUUAAAAAUGUACAAGGAGUAUUUAUUUUACUUUGAGACAUUUCGAAAAAAAAAUUUAUUAAAGGAGAAAAAGAAAUUGCUCUGGACCAACGACGCAUUUGAUGAGUAUAAAAGAGUGGAGUACGAAUUUGAGCAGGAACAUAUUUUAAUUAUAUUUAACAUUGGCCUUGUAGCAGCAACUAUGUUAAAAAUGAAAAAGAAUUCCGAUGAUGUGAAAAUGUUGAAUAGAAUGUCCAAGGACGUGGUAGAGAUAUUUAAUUAUUUAUUUGUUAAUAUGAAUGAGGAUAAAAUUCCACAACUACCAGAUAUAAACUGUUUAACUUGUUACCUGUUUUUGUGUAUAUCUUUGGCGUAUCAUGAGAAUAUGUUUUACAAUACAGCUCUGGCUAAGAAAUACAAGCGCAACUUAUUAGCAAAGCUGUCUUUCAAUAUACAUUGUCAUUUUAAGAAUGCAUUGCUUUGUUUGGAGGGGAAGGAUUUGCAUUUAUUUUUUAAGAACCCCUCGAGAAUAUCACCAUCGUCGUCAUCCUCUUCAGAAAUAAGGUCAAAUCUGCAACAUGUAAGAAGCAGUAACAGUGUAUUCUACAAUUUUGUGAAAGUGAAUAAAAUGAUUUUUAUUUGUAUUAGCAAUUUCCACACGGCUUUGAAGUACGCCACUGUACUACAUGCUGAGAGCUCAGAGGAUAAUAUAAAAAUUGAAAAAUACGAUGUGGAAAAAAUUGGAGAAAUUAUAUGUCGACUUAAGUACAGCCAGGAGAAUGUUCACAAAUGUGUAGAGCUGUGCAAGAAAUACAAUUUUAAUAUUAAUCUGACCUCCUUGAGGGAGAAAAUUCAAACAGCCAUAGAAUAUUUUGAGUAUGAAAAUAGGAACAUAUAUUUUGAGGUUAUACCUAGUUAUGAAAGUCUGAGUGAAAUAAAAGGAACUUCUGAAGUGAUUAAACUGAAGGACAUAGAUGUGUCUUCCAUUUACAUCAAGGGGGAAAAUAUUUCUUGCAGCUUGAAAUUAUUAUUUAAUGAAAAGGCAGAGCUAGUUUAUAACCUCUACAAUAAUGAAGCCACUUCGGUGUAUAAUACUUUUUACAAACAAUUUGUGACUCUACAAGAUCAGUACAAAUUAAUCAAUUUGAGUUACCGGAAAAAUGUACUCCUAACCCUACACAAUAUUAUCAUCAACACGUAUAAUAAAAUUACUAACGUGUAUAAACCUAGUCAUUUUGAGAAUAACUUAAAUUUUUUACAAAACAUGGAACAGAAUUUAAAGGAAAUUUUAACUCAAGUGGAGAAUAGCCUCACAGCAGAACAUACAAACCAUGUAGAAUUUCAGAGGAAAUUUUUAAACGUAGGCAUUAAUCAAGAAUCUGUUAAUUCCUAUAAUUCCUUUUUAUAUCAUUUGAAUAUUUUUAAAAAGUCAUUAGAAGAAAUUCAUUCAAGUGUAGAAUCGUUUAGAAAAUUUCUCCACGACCAUCAGAUGCACUUUCAAAUUUGCCAAAUGGAUGUUUCAACAUUUGCCAAGUACAUCGUUGACGAUUUGAAUACAUGCACAGAUGUAAAAAUUGAAUCCUUAGACCAUGAGUAUUGUUACUAUAAGAAUUUGCUAUCUGAUGAUAAAGAAAAUGAAACAAACUCUGUUAGUAGCAUUGGGGAUUUGUCGGAGGUGUCUAGUACGACCUCACCAUCUUUGAAUUACUUUGACUUCCAUGCCUUCCUUAAAAACCAGAAUUUGACUUAUGGAACACAGAAUAGCCAUGGGGCUAGCGAGAAGAACCUCUUUCACUAUGAUGUUGUGAAUAAUUAUAUCAAUGUGCACUCGGAGGAGAAGCUCUUCUUCAUCAUCCUCGCCAUUUACUUUUCGCUCAGCAUACAACUAACCGCGUUUGGCGCCGACCUGGAGGAGCUCAAGGGCAGCAUGCAUGAUGUCUUCCUCAACUCCAUCUCGGAGGAGCGCGACGAGGACAAGCUGAACGACCUGCUGCAGAAGCAGAAAGCAGCCCUCAGCACCAAGAAAGACAAACUGGAGGAGAACGUUGCGUCCUUCGAAAAAAACCUCAACCAGUUCUAUGACCACUAUCAUGAGUACAACAAGUUAGAUUACUUUAAGACGAUCGAGGACCUGAACACGUUCAGCAACAACCUCAUGGGGACCGUCGAGAGGCUAAACGAAAUGAACAAGAAGCAUUCCUACACGCUCAAGAACUCCCUUGUGUUUAAGGACGACAUAAACAGAUAUAUAUACAUGCGCGAAAGCGAGCGGUCCACUAUUAGAGUGCAGCAAGUUCCAAAUGGCUACUCCCGAAACAUCCCCAACAGGCAGGAGCACUUUUACUGA